AUGGUCAAGCUUGAAGAACUCGAAGAUGAGCACUUCAUCAACAAGCCAGAUACGACCAAGGACGGCGCUCUGCUGGCAGACGACGAUGAAGAUUACACUGACACUGACUCCGAAAUCUCCGACGACGACGCCGUCGAGGCUCCCCUAGACGAGUCAAUCAUUGACCGUCUCUCCGCGCUCCGCGAUAUCGUGCCCCCGAAAACCCGCGCCCGCCUGGUUUCUGCCACCCAGACCGUAUUUUCCGCAGCUAACGCCUCCAUCACCUUCGGUGGUAAGAGCCUGUGGGUCGUCGCGACCAGCAUUUUACUCUUGGGGAUCCCCUAUGCGCUUGCGCUGGGCGAGGAGCAGCAGUACAUGGAGGAGGAGCGACAGAGGGGGAUAAUGGAACAGGGAACGCAAGGAAUCAUCCAGGGCGGCCAGCAACCCGGACAAGGGGACGCGAAGCCGGCCUUGUAA